GCGACAGUCUUCGGAGUGAGUUAAAAAAAAAAGAAAAAAAAAGAUAGAUGAUGAUGAUGAUGAUGAGAGGGUGACAUAUCAAAUGAGACUGAUUAGAUAUGAGUAGAUCAGUAGGUAAGAAUCCCUAAAGACAGUACCUUUUUUCUGCCGAAUCUUCUUCUGCAAAGUGAAGCCCCGCACGAGGCCUUCCUUUGUCCGUCUCUUGACGCCCCUCUUGCCUCCUUCUCCUCCGCCUGCUACUCUACUCGUGCAAAUUUCCCAAGAUUGCUCUCUCAGUUUCUGUUCAUCUGCCUUUUUUCAUUUGGAUCUUACAAGUAAACAAAAAAUGGGUUCUGGAGGCUGUACGGAUCAGUUGAGCAGUUGCCAAAAUAUGCCUCCCAGUUCUUUUGAGAAAGUGGAUGACCUUAGCGUUGUGGAAACUCGUAAGGGUGUUGAUGAUGAGGCACCAGAUGUAUUGGAGGCAGAUGAGUCAAAUUCCUUAGGGCCUAUUACUCCUGAUUCUGACAGAGAAAAUGGAGAUUUCCCCAUAGACUACAAAUCUCCACCCACAACAGUUAAGAAACUACCAAAUGUAGAUCAUUUUGAUGUUGCUACCAACAGAAAUGAGGACAACCCAUAUGGUUGUGUUGAUGAUGGAAGUCCCCACACACCAAAGGAUGGUGUCUUUGACCCGUUUGCCCCUGGUCCGGAUGACCUUGCAUUGGCUCCUCAAUGUAGAAAAUAUCUCAAAGAGUCAAGGAACGUUGUUGUGCGCCGGCUUAAUUUUGAUUCCUAUUCCCCAGUAGAUGUUGUAGAAGAAAAGGCUAGUGGCAUUGAUGCAUCGGCAGCAGGCAUUUCGGAUAGAGAAAUAUUUGAGGCUGUGUAUGAAAAUCUCUUGGAUAUUGUCUUAAAAAAGACUGAAGCUGUUCUUGCUGAAAUUUCAGAUUUGGAUUGUGAAUCCGAUGACUGCAAAACGCCUCCAUUGGCAUCACGACUAGAUGGUGUUGCUGAAACAUGUCCUGGUGCUCCUAUCAGGCCAACCGGGAAAUCAAGGAAUAUUGAUUUGGCGUUAUGCAGAAAGCUUCAAUUUUCACCUUGAUGGACUCGUGUUGAUGGACAGAACACCGGUAACUAAUUUCUCAUAAAUGCAUCAUUUGCUUAUUUGCGUUCUAACAUUUUUGUCCCUAGAUUAUAGCCUCAGGUUCUGAGUGUUCAAAGGGUACAGCUCUCUCUGACCAAGAUUAUACUGUAGUCGUUACAUUGUAUAGUAAUUAAAGCCUUUAUUUGUAUUUUAAUGUUAGCAAGUACUCCUUUCUUUCCGGACUACAUUAAAAUUAAAAGAAAGCUGUUUCUUUCC